UGAAAUUAUCAUAAUAUAUUCCUCUUUUAAAUUGUUUCUGUUGAAAGCCUUUGAUAGUAUAUUAACAGCCUUUUGAGAAGACGUUACACAAUGCAGCAGUGUUAUUUUCAGCAAAGGAGUUUGGACCAAGAUUGGGUAUUAACUUAGGUUCAGAGUCUCACCCGCUGUUUCCACAUGUUCUUGUCUGGCAAUAGAAGCACAGUCUGACUGCAGACCUUGUCUGUGCCUGAGCUCACUUCAGAUGGGUUAACUUGUAAGGGAAUUUGUUGUUACAGGAAAGCAUCUGUUCAGAUCCUGGGUGGUGUCCAGUAGUUUUGUAAGGGACAGAUUAAGUGCAUCUUUCAGGUGGGGUGGAGGCAGUAAGAAACAAAUUCCUGUUUCCCUGCUGUGGUUGCAAGGUAGGGCCAAAUGAGCUUCAUGUUUCAGAUAAAUGUGCCUAAUGAUUUCUUCAUACUAUUCAUGCGUUACCUGCAGUGUGUUUGUAUCUACAGCCAGAAUGGUGGGGCUGAAGAAUGGCACUUAUCUAUAUAUGCUGAGAGGCAAAUUUCAAGUUGCUUAUAUUUGGGAGGAGUGAGGAGGGAUCCUUGAUCAGUGAAAACCUUGGUUCUUCUUCCUGCCCCUGGAAAUAGAUGGGGAAGAUUUCACUCAGAUAAAUGAGGCAGAAGCUGAGAUUCCAUAAGGUGUCUGUUUUCCAUGACUCCAUAGUGUAUUCCUUCUAUGCCUCUUGGUUCUCAGAAUUCCUGCAUCUCAGAGCUAAGCUCUUGUUUCUCCUUCUGCUACCAAUUGCUCCUUUGAAAGCUUCUUGCAGGCUGUCCAACUGUGACUCUUGACUUGCAGCAGACCAUGCCCUCUGUUUCAGUAUCUGAUGGAAAACAAGAUUUGUGGCAUCAACAGCCUCGUUGAGUCUGCAGACCUGGACUUUCAGCCUGGAACGUGUGCGGUGGUGCACAGUGUCUAACCAAGAGCUUUCCAAGUGUAAGGACAUGAGUAAGGCCUUUGCUGGGGCUGGCAUCCUUCCCGCUUUGGAAUGCGUGGAGGGAGAAUCAGCUGCUAACUGCACGCAGAUGAUCAAGGAUUACUUGGCAGAUGCGGUGACAUUGGAUGGUCGAUGGAUUUACCAGGCUGGAAAGGAGCAUGGCCUGAAACCUGUGGUUGGGGAAGUUUAUAAUCAAGAGAUUGGAACUUCAUACUAUGCUGUGGCUGUUGUAAAGAAAGGCUCCAACAUCACCAUCAACAGCUUGAAGGGUGUCCGCUCGUGUCACACAGGAAUCAACAGAACUGCGGGCUGGAAUGUGCCUGUGGGUUACCUAAUUGACAGUGGGCACCUGCCAGCAAUGGGAUGUGACCUCCCAAAAGCUGUUAGUGACUAUUUCAGUGCUAGCUGCGUUCCUGGAGCCAACAGUGCCAGCUAUCCCACAUCCCUCUGUCAGCUCUGCAGAGGGGAUUCAUCUGGGCAGAACAAAUGCCAAAGAAAUUCACAAGAGCAGUACUAUGACUACAGCGGGGCUUUCAGGUGUUUGGCUGAAGAUGCUGGAGAUGUUGCUUUUGUGAAGCACAGCACAGUGCCUGAAAAUACUGAUGGAAGAACUCUUUCUAGUUGGGCCCAGCAGCUUCGCUCCAAGGACUUCCAGCUUCUGUGCCGCAACGGCAGCACAGCUGAUGUAACAGAGUGGAGAACCUGCCACCUGGCCCGAGUCCCAGCUCGUGCCGUGGUUGUACGGCCAGACACAGAUGGAACAGCUGUCUUCCAGCUUCUGAACCAGGGACAACAAAGAUUUAAUGGCGUAGGCACCCAGUUUCAGAUGUUUGACUCUACAGCCUAUGGUGCCCAGAACCUUAUGUUCAGAGACUCCACCACAGAGCUCGUUGCUGUCACGUCUCAGAAUUACCAGGCAUGGCUGGGUGAUGAGUAUCUUUAUGCCAUGCAGGCCCUGAACUGUGACCCCAACACAUUGCCAGAAAGCCUGAACUGGUGCGUUGUUUCCACUGAGGAGAUUUGGAAAUGUGGUGAGAUGGGAACUGCCUUUAGGAAUAAGGGUUUGAAACCAGAAAUCCAGUGUAUUUCAGCUAAGACAAAAGAGGAGUGCAUGGAGAUGAUCCAGAAAAAGGAAAUUGAUGUUGUAGCUUUGGGUGGAGCUGAUAUUUACAUUGCUGGGAAGACGUACGGCCUUGUACCAGCUGCUGGAGUAGGUUUCUCUGCUGAAGACAACAAUAAUGCGUACUAUGCUGUGGCAUUAGUGAAACGGAAUCCAUCUGAUGCAUUCACCAUCAAUGACCUGAAAGGGAAGAAGUCCUGCCACACAGGACUGGGGAGAACUGCUGGGUGGAAUAUCCCCAUUGGCAUGCUAAUUAAGAAGGGCUUUAUUAAUCCCAGAGACUGUAAUAUUCCUCAAGCUGUGAGUGAGUUUUUCUCUGCCAGCUGCGUGCCUUCGGCUGAGCAGGACAAUUACCCAUCAGCGCUCUGUCAACUCUGUAUUGGAGAUAAUAGUGGAAACAACAAAUGCAGCGCAAGUAGCCAAGAACAGUAUUACAGCUACAGUGGAGCCUUCAGGUGCCUGGCAGAGGACGCUGGGGAUGUGGCCUUUGUGAAGCACUCAACAGUGUUUGAGAACACAGAUGGUAAGAAUACUGAAAGUUGGGCCCGUGACUUGAAGUCCAGUGAUUUCCAGUUACUGUGCCGGAAUGGGGCCCGUGCUGAAGUCACUCAGUUUGCUCGGUGUCACCUGGCUCAGGUGCCAGCUCAGGCCAUUAUGGUUCACCCAGAUAUCAACGUUUUUGCUCUGUAUGGACUAUUGGACAAAGCUCAGGACUAUUUUGGAAAUAACAGCAACAGAAACGGAUUCAAAAUGUUUGAUUCUUCAGCUUACCAAGGAAAAGACUUGAUCUUUAAGGAUUCUGCAGUGAGGAUAGUGCCAUUGGAAGAGAAGAGGACGUAUGCAGAAUGGCUGGGGAGUGAAUAUGUUGAGUCCCUUGAAGGGAUGCAAACACCACAGUGCUCUGGGGCAGGCAAGGUGCUUAUACCAUUUGCUCACUGGGGAGUGGGGUGGGACUGGAAGCUGCUGCUGUUCAUGCGCGUGGAGUGGAAUUUGAGGCAGAAGCCAUUGGUCCUGUGUCAGCAUGGCUGGUGAGAUCAGAGCAAAAUGGAAGGACUUGUGCCAUCAUUGCUGAUGUUGAAUUACGCUGGGUUGAAGGACUCCCGGGUGUGCUGUUAGAUGGAUACUGGUUUUCUGAUCUGUAAAGGAAUUUCUACAUCUUGGAAGAGCAGUAUUAAAGUCUUGUCUAGAGAUCCA